AUGAAGGCCGCCCUCCUCCUCUCCGCCCUCGCCUCUGCCGCCGUUGGCGUUGUCGCCGAGGACCUCAAGAUUGACGUUACUCUUCCUGUCGUCUGCGACCGCAAGACACAGAAGGGUGACAGGGUCCAAAUGCACUACCGUGGCACCCUUAAGGAUUCGGGGAAACAAUUUGACGCCAGUAGGUUCCUCCGCCUUGCAUUUACAUCAAUGAUCAUCACAAAGCACAUGCUAAUUCGGACACAAGGCUACGACCGUGGCACUCCUCUUGACUUCGUCGUUGGCUCUGGUCAGGUCAUCAGGGGAUGGGACGAGGGUCUUCUUGACAUGUGUAUUGGCGAGAAGCGACUUUUGACUAUUCCGCCUGAGUACGGCUACGGCCAGCGAGCCAUUGGCCCUAUUCCUGCCGGUUCUACCCUGGUUUUCGAGACAGAGCUGGUGGGAAUUCAAGGCGUCCCCAAGCCCGAGAAGAUCGAGACAAAGGUUGUCGAGGGUGCCGAGACUGCCGCCGAAGCUAUCAGUGAGGCUGUUGAGUCUGCCGCAUCUGCCACCAAGAAUGUUGCUGGUAAGGUUGCUCAGGCUGUCGCCGAUGCUGCUGAUGCCGCCAAGACCAUCAUUGCAGACACUGAUGACGCCCCCGAGCACGAGGAGCUGUAA